GCUGCAUCUCUAUUUGAAACGUCAACAGAAACGUCGAGAGAUAAACGUGCUGACGUCACAGCAGAUAAGACGAGAAUCAAAGAUGACGAUCGAUGAUGAUCUUUGCCACGUUGGGUGACGUAAUCACUUACGAGAAGACAUAGGGGGAAACCAUUGAUGACGAGUUACCUCAUAACAAUUACGUGUGGUGACACCAAAAAAAUGUUCAGAAAAAGCUUUAAGCUGAAACGAUUUUAGCAGAAACAAGAAACCGGACGACCGGGACACAGAAAGACAAACGGGACGGGAAAAAGCGCGCGAGCGAGUGAAACAAAAUGAGCAGCUCGGAAUAUUCCUACGACGGCGAAAGCCUCCCCCCUUCGCGGGAAACCUCCUACAUCGUCGCGAAACUGACGGCGGAAGAUAUUUUCAACGUUGUCUUCGGGAUCUUCAACCUGAACACAGCAAGAAAAAUGUCCAGGCUGAGGGAGGAGCUGACCUGCGAAACCGUUGACGCGGUGAUUGACAGCUUCAGGGAGGAGCUCUCUCCGAAGAAAAAGCCCUUACCUUUCUCACGGAAGCGUAUGGGCUCCGUGGAUGAGGAGACGGGAUCCUCCUCCCCCUCUGCCCCGAAAAAGCGUUUCAGCAGGCAGACAAAGACAGGGUGGGAUGUCAGCGAAUCAAAAGCAGCCGUUGAAAGACUUUAUGAAAGAAUAAAAAGGUCUACAUCAAUGGACACGGGGAAAUCCCCACAACCUGCUACAAAAGUAAAAAAGGCUCGGUCUCCAAAGUCUCAAAGGACAAAGGCCAAAAGCCAACAGGCACAGAAGGAAGAUGGAGUUGUAGAACCAAAAUCUACAAAACAGACAUCUUGCCUUUCAUGCGUGCCAUUUAAAGUUGGAGCUCAAAACAUCAAAAAACGGGUCCAACAAAUAACUUCUGCAGAUAAGGACACAAAAACCCAAGUCCAGGAUCCAGAGACAAUCCUGCACGGGGAAAACAUCGAACCUGCAGGAGAAGCAAAGUCUCGGUCUCACAGGAAAAAGGCCAAAAGCCAAACGGCACAACUGGAAGAAACAGUUGUAGAACCAAAAUCUACAAAACUGACAUCUUGCCUUCCAGAUGUGCAUUUUGAGACUGAGAAAAUAAAAACAUGUGUUGCAAACAUGAAAGUUGGAGCUGCAAACAUCAAAAAACGGGUCCAACAAAGAAUGUCUGCAGACAAAACCCAAGUGCAGGACCCAGAGACAAUCCUGCACGAGGAAAACAUCGAACCUGCAGCAGAAGCAAAGAAGUCUAGCCUUCAGAAAGUGAAAGUGGUUCUCAAGGUCAUGACAGCGGACUAUCACUAAGAGCCCUGAGCCGUUUCAUGUGGAAAAACUAGACCAGCCCAACAACCGGGACCAGCAGAACCAGCAAGACCAGCAGACGAAGCUCCACAGAUGCAUGUGUACUGAUCCAGGCAACAGCUGGAGCAUCAGACACAGUAGUAGAGGAGCCCAGGUGAGGGCAGUUUUCUCUCUUUACUCUCAAGAAAAAAACGUCUAAUGCCGAGAUUCAGUGUGCCCAAAGAGUUGUGGAAAGUUGCUCACUUUCUCAUAGUUGGUAUGACUACUACAUAUUUUAUUGAACAUCCCUUACCACAACAUACAGACACACACACAAGCUACACAAGGAUGGUGGGGCCAGUGAUCCUCUCUCCCCUAUCUCAUCCGUUGUAGGGGUACCAAGGCCCUCAAUGGUGGUUGCUGUGUCCCUUGGGUGUUGAGCAACAGUCCUCUCGUCACACAGAGAGAGGGAUCCCUGAGUUAUCUGGCGAGGCCAAAGGGGGUCGGAGGAUGCUCAGGGUUCCCAGGUGGUUGUGGGAUGCUCGCUGGAGCUUCGGAGGGGCUCUCUGGUGAGUGAGGCCUUGUGCUGGCCCCCCUGGAGCAACAGGAGGGAUAUUCUCCGGCUGGGCUGCAGUUCACACUCCCCAUGCCCCUGUGCCAACUGCUCUCUAGUGCUGAGGGCCCCUGUGGUGGCCCUUCUGGCCCAGGUCUGGAUGGUUGACCUUGGGUUGCCCGGUGGCUGGAUUCCCUUGAUCUGCUAUCCUGCGCAGGUGUCUGGACGGCCCUGGCCCCACUGCUAUCUCACCUUUGGCAGGUGGCUUGCUGUUGGGGGACCAGACACAUUCCCUCUUUUUCCUCUUAGAAAUUUACUUUCUCCUGGUGC